GACAUCAUGGCUUCAUCCCCUUCGCUCGACGUGCCCAAACACACCAAAUACUUUCUCCGCACCCUAAAGACCUUCCUGCCCACUGCAUACCAGAGCAAUGACAGCAAUCGCAUGUCCCUGGCCUUCUUCACCCUUAGCGGGCUAGAUCUGCUAGGCACCCUACAGCAAAACACGACAAAAGAGCAGAGAAAAGACUACAUCGACUGGAUCUACAGCAACCAACAUCCCCAAGGCGGUUUCCGCGCCUUCCCUGGCGCAGACUUUGGACAUGCAACCACAGAAGAAAACCAACACUGGGACCCUGCGAAUCUACCUGCCACCUUCUUCGCCCUGUGUUCAUUGCUCAUCCUCAACGACGACCUGGCCAGGAUAAAGAGAAGGGAAUGUCUACAAUGGCUCACGCGACUCCAAAGACCCGACGGCAGUUUCGGCGAAACACUCGUCAAAGGCACAAUCAAUGGUGGCACCGACUCGCGAUUCGGCUACUGCGCAACCGGCGUCCGCUACAUCCUGCGCGGCACCUUUGAAGGAGAAAUAGACGGCUGUCCCGAUAUUGAAAUCGAUAACUUUGUCACCUGUAUACGCAGUGCAGAGACCUACGACGGCGGCAUCUCAGAUGCUCCUUACCAUGAAGCCCACGCCGGUUUCACCUACUGCGCCAUCGGUGCCCUGAGCAACAUAAACCGUCUCCCUCCNAACCCCUACUCCGUCCUGCCUAGCCCGCCCUCACCACACGCCUCCCUCACAAACCCCUCUCUCCUCAUCAAAUGGCUGGUGUCACGGCAAACGGCAACAAUCAGCGAAGACGACGACCUUGACACCUACGGCGACGAAACAGACACGCCCGAAACCUGCCACGACGCCCACAGUUUCGUGUAUCAAGACAAAUUCAUAAGCAAGCAAGGCCAAAUGAACUACGAAGGCCGCCCAAGCGUGAAUUUCAGCUUGGACUGGACGGGCUUCAAUGGUCGUUGCAACAAGAUUGCAGAUACCUGUUAUGCGUUUUGGAUCCUCAAUCACGCCAACCUUCCAAACACAGACUCUGUUCGUCGUUGGCUGCUCGAACGCACCGUUCACCCUCAACUCGGCGGCUUUGGCAAAAUCGCAGGCGAUCUGCCGGACCUAUAUCAUUCAUACCUCGGUCUUGCCACAUUGAGUCUUAUGGGAGAGGAAAAGCUAAAACCCCUGGAUCCGGGGUUGUGUGUGAGUAAAGAGGCAAAAGGUAGACUUGAGGGUAUCUGGAAACGUUGGGAUAUUGAGCAAUGA